AUGGCCUCCGAAGCCCAAGACAUAUCCAUGGAGUCGUCUCCCGCGCCGCCGACCGACGAACCCAUGUACGGCGGCUACUCUCGCUUCGAAAUCGAACUCGAAUUUGUUCAAUCCCUCGCAAAUCCAUUCUACCUAAACCACCUCGCCUCGCAAAAGCUCCUCACGCAACCCGCCUUCAUCGCCUACCUCGCCUACCUCCAAUACUGGACCAAACCACCGUACCUCAAAUACCUAACCUACCCGGGCCCAACGCUCAAACACCUCGAGCUCCUACAAGAAGAGCGCUUCCGACAAGACAUAAUGAGUCCAGACCUAGUGCAAAAACUGGUAGAAGACGAGAUGAAGGCAUCAGUGCAAUGGCACCGCACCGACUGA